GUGAGGGCUGCGGCCGGCGCAGCGGGGACGGGCGGGGGCACCCCUUGGAGCAGAGCCGGGAGCCCCUCUCCCGGCGCGGAGGCCCUCGGGGGCGGGAACCGGAGGGGCCGCGCCGCAGCAGGCCCAGGCAGGAGCGACGCUGAUCCCGCCCGGCCGGGGUCGGCUUCACGCGGGCGGUCACCAAGCCGAGGGAAUCCCGAAGCCGAGCGGAACUCCUUGAAAAGUGAAAGAAGUCAUUUUAGAACGAGGCGCAGGACACUCAUUUAAAGAAUAACUGCGGAGCACCUUUUCUUUGCCAAGGGCCAGAGAGACAAAGAUGAAUGAGGACCUUUCCUGCUUCUGGGCAUCUGGUCGAUGGAGACACGUUGGUAAACGUUUGCACUAGAGUGUGAUAAAUGCGGUAGCAGAGUUAUGUUUAGCUGCAAAAGCAUGAAGGAGAAAUCUCAAUCGCUGCAGCAGACGGAAUGAAUAGACUGCAAAAUAUAAAUAGAUAGGCCAAGCACACCAUCACAUCCAGGUCACCAGCACGUUUGUCAAUUCUACUUCCAAAAUAUGUCUUGACUUUGCUUUUUGCCACCAUCCUAAUCUAAUCUUUUUAACAGAUCUUCAGUCUUCUCAGAGGGAGCGUGAAGAUGCUUAAAGAGCAUCCAGGGAUGGCUGAAGACCCCCAACAGCAAAUGAGUGUUCCUGUAGUGAAACUGGAGAAAGAAUUGCUGUGGGGAAGGGGAAGGGACGACUCUAGUCCUGAGACUUUUCGUCUGAGGUUCCGGCAGUUCCGCUACCAGGAAGCGGCUGGGCCCCAGGAAGCUCUCCGAGAGCUCCAAGAGCUCUGCCGCCAGUGGCUGCGGCCCGAGCUGCACACCAAGGAGCAGAUCCUGGAGCUGCUGGUGCUGGAGCAGUUCCUGACCAUCCUGCCCCGGGAGUUCUAUGCCUGGAUUCGGGAGCACUGCCCGGAGAGCAGCAGGGCCAUGGUGACCAUGAUGGAGGAUUUGACCGAGAGAGCACUGGAGGCCAAGGCGGUUCCUUGCCAUGUGCCAGGACAGCAGGAGGAGAGAGCACAUUGCAGAGGCCCUUGGGAACCAGAUGUCCACCUGGAGCCAGUGGAGGUCAAGCCUGAGUGGGGGAUGCCCCAGGGGGAAGGAGUUCAAAGCCUAGACCCAGGCACCGAGGAGCAGCUCAGCCAGAACCUUGGAGAUGGGCCACAGGCCUUCCAGGACCAGGCGCUGCCUCUCCUUCAGGCUGGUCCUGGCCUCCCCACUGUAAAUACCAGAGACCAAGAGCUGGCAGCUGGGUUCCUUACCGCUGGAUCCCAGGGGCUUGGGCCAUUUAAAGAUAUGGCCCUGGCUUUCCCCGAGGAGGAGUGGAGGCAUGUGACCCCAGCCCAGAUCGACUGCUUCGGUGAAUAUGUGGAGCCAGAGGCCUGUGGGGCCUCAUCUCCAGGCCUUGGGAGCAAGGAGAAGGGGGUGAAAGCCCAGCAGGAAGACCUUAAAGGGGCACUUGCUGGAAUGACGUCAGAGAGGUUUGGGGAAGCCGCUCUCCAGAGCCCUGAGCUUGGAAGAACCUGUGAGCAGCAGCCCAGUAGCUCUGCGGGAAACCUGCCGGGGCUUCCUCCUCCUCAGCAUGGCGUCAUACCCCUGCCCGAUGAUCUCAAAUCCCACAGCUCCUUCUGGAAGCCUUUCCAGUGCCCUGAGUGUGGGAAAGGCUUCAGUCGGAGUUCAAAUCUUGUCAGACACCAGCGAACCCAUGAAGAAGAGAAGUCCUUUGGCUGUGUGGAGUGUGGGAAAGGCUUCACCCUGAGAGAGUACCUCAUGAAGCACCAGAGAACCCACUUGGGAAAGAGACCCUAUGUAUGUAGCGAGUGCUGGAAAACCUUCAGUCAGAGGCACCACCUCGAGGUCCACCAGCGGAGUCACACAGGAGAGAAACCCUACAAGUGCAGCGACUGCUGGAAAAGCUUCAGUCGGAGGCAGCAUCUUCAGGUGCAUCGGAGAACUCAUACCGGGGAGAAACCCUACACCUGUGAGUGUGGCAAGAGCUUCAGCAGGAACGCCAACCUGGCCGUGCACCGGCGGGCGCACACAGGGGAGAAGCCAUACGGGUGCCAGGUGUGCGGGAAACGCUUCAGUAAAGGGGAGCGCCUGGUCAGACACCAGAGGAUCCACACCGGAGAGAAACCCUACCACUGCCCUGCUUGUGGGAGAAGCUUCAACCAGAGGUCCAUCCUCAACCGGCACCAGAAAACUCAGCAUCGCCAGGAGACCCCAGGCGCAGUGAGGGCACCCUGCUGAAAUGCCCCCUCCCCAGCUUUUUCUUUUUGUUCACGGAAGGUACUGGAGAAGGCAGGACCAUCAAGUGGAGGGAAACCUCACUGGAGGGUGUCAUCUGUCUUUACUCACUGAAGGGCUUGGCAGGGGGUGGGGCUUGAAAGGGUUCAGGAAGGCACUUUGACCCAUUUUCUUUCCACCCACUCUCAAACAGAGGAAGGGGCAAGUCCUGGUUUAUUUAGAGUUUCCGGAGAGCACGGCUUCUCACGUCUCUUAUGCAAGUGAUGCUAACACUUUUUCUUACUAUCUUUUGGGGCAGUUCAGGUUGAGGACUUCCUCCUCCUCCAGUGUGACAUUUAUCUCAAUCUCCUGAGGAAACCUGGUGAUAAACGCAAAAUUCUAUCGCAGGUUGGCAGCUUGAACCUCAUUUUUUGGAGGGGCUGUAUCCUGCCUGCAAGAUUGCUAGCUUCAGACUCUCUCCCUUCCUCCCCCACUCUCUUUUUCAUUUAACAAAUAUUUAUUGAACACCUGCUUUGUGCCUGGCACUGGGCUACAGUGGUGAAUGAGACCAAAGAGAUUUGGUUCUCACGGAGCUUUUGUCGUCGCAGUGGACACAGACGGGAAACACGUAAUCGCAGGAUUCUAAAUUUUUGUGAUGGUGCUGUGUUUGCCUGUUCUGCCCUGACCCCAGACCCUCUGCUAUUUGCUGGAUCCUUCGCUCCCCAGCUGGGAUCUUCUCUCAGGCAGCCUCAUUUAUUUAACUUUAUUUUUAGCUCCCUCUGCCCUGACUAACACUUGACCCUCAUCUGUAAAAUUCCUCUGUCCCAUUAUUUCUCAUACUAUAACAGCCUGUCAACACAUCAACUAUUAGGAAAUGAAUAUUUUGCUACUGGUGACUGGAUAAACAUGAGAGUAUUUUAAAAAAAAACAAUCCUUUAAAAAGAUCUAAUCAAGUGAGUCUGAACGAUGAAUGAAUAUUAACACCCUACAUUUUAUGGCACUUUACAGUAUAUAAAAUGCUUUUCUCUGUAUUUUCCUUUGAUUCAGUCUACAAGUAUUUAUUGAGGCCCUACUCUGUGCCAGGAACCCCUCUAGGUGCUUGGUACAUCAGCGAACAAAACAGGGAGAAACAUCCCUGCCCUCAUGGAGUGUCCACAUUAGCGGAUGGAUUUGAUCUUCAGGACCCACGGUGGAACCCAUGGGCCCCAUGAAUCCUCUAGACCUGGGAUCCGAGUCGCAUCCCUGAUCCUGUUAGCUUCUUGCCUGAGAUGCAUUCAGCACUUACCCCUUGUUCCUGGAUGGUCUUUGUCCUUGGUGUGCCCACACCCUCAUCAUCGGGACAGUCUCAGUCCUGGACACCAACUGGAGACGUUGGGGAGGUAGCACCCUGUUUUGCAUGAGUGUUUUCCUGUUUUGCAGGAAAAACAAACUAUUUGUAGCUAUUAAAAAUAUAUAUGCAUUUCUUAAAAAAUGGGAAGAUGCAGUAUUUGUAA